AUGAGGCGGAGGGGCGCGGUGCAGCGCAAGGUGCCGUGUCUGUUCGUCACCGAGGUGAAGGACGAGCCCUCGGCCAAGCGGGAGCGACAGCCAUUUAAAGUUUUGGCAACUGACACUAUAACUGGAAAGGCAUUAGAGGCAGAUGUACACAAUGCAGUUCCUACUGAAAAGGUGGAUGGAACCUGCUGUUAUGUUACAACAUAUAAAGGACAACCCUACCUAUGGGCCAGAUUGGAUAGAAAACCCACCAAACAAGGUGAAAAAAGGUUUAAACGAUUCUUGUAUUCAUUGGAAGAUUGCAAAGAAUUUGUUUGGAAUGUUGAAGAGGAUUUCAAGCCUGUUCCAGAUACCUGGAUUCCAGCAAAGGACAUAGAGUUCUCUAAUGGCAAUCCUUUGCCUGAUGAAAAUGGACAUAUGCCAGGUUGGGUGCCCGUGGAGAAGAACAGUAAGCAGUAUUGCUGGCACUCAUCUGUUGUAAAUUAUGAGGCUGGAAUAGCACUGGUAUUGAAACACCAUGCUGACCCAGGGCUUCUGGAAAUCAGUCCCGUGCCAUUAUCAGAAAUUUUAGAACAAACAUUGGAGCUUAUUGGGACUAAUAUCAAUGCAAAUCCAUAUGGAUUAGGAAGCAAGAAGCACCCUGUACAUCUUCUAGUCCCACAUGGAGCGUUUGAAAUAAAGAAUCCACCUGCUUUGAAGCAAAAUGACAUACUGGCUUGGUUUGAAAGCUGCACAGAGGGUAAAGUUGAAGGAAUUGUGUGGCACUGCCAUGAUGGGUGUUUAAUCAAGCUCCAUCGCCACCAUCUUGGUUUACCUUGGCCACUUGCAGAGACGUACCUGAAUUCUCAGCCUGUUGUAGUUUCUUUUAAUAGAACUAAGUAUGACUAUGACUUUGAACCAAAGAGUUUGUUUCACCAAUUUUCAGUGUUGGAUGGGCAAAGAUUUGACAGACUCAAAGAUAUCAAGUUUGAUGCUUGAAAUUAUUUUUUUAAGUUAAUUAUUCUAUGUCCUGCAUUCCUCUUACUUGUGUCUAUCACAGAAAUCUUCAUGAAUGCUCUUCUAGCUUGGGCAACAGCCCAGGUACUACUGUAUAAUUUUGACUAAUUUUAAUAACGGAGAUCUCACAGCCAGAGCAGAGAUCCAGCUUCCAGCAUGUUUAUUUUAUGAAAAAUCCUUAACUUUUGUACCUAUUCCUGGAAUGGGAAACUGUUAGUAUUAAGUGUAGGAAGCAUGUUUUCUUCCACUGGCUGGUCCUAAAAGCUUUACUAAGGAAUGCAAUCAACUGGAAAGGUUACAGAGGUUGUGCUUCUACAAAUGUAAUUAUUAUGAUACUAUUAUAUGUAGGUUUGAGACUUACUUCAGGUGGGACCAGAAUUAGUCCUAAAAUUUGACUUGUUUUUAUACUUGUAACAGUUUCUUAUGGGGGAAAACUUCCUAAUAUAAUUUAACUGUACAUCUGCAGCAUUAUGCUAUUAUUUAAAAACCCAAUAAAUCUAUAUACUACACGCACUUGCACUAUUUUGGGACAAAAAGAGUAAUAGAAAAUAUGCUAGUUUUAUUUUGGAGAGCCUGGUAAGUGGAGAGAGACAUGACUUGGCUUAGUAAUUCCCAUUUACAACUGGGUCUCUAUUAGGAAACUUCCUAUUAAGUAAGAUAAAGUGUAUAAAUAAUAAAGGUGAGACUGA